GAUUUAGGCUGCAAGGAUCAUCGGGUGAGACUAUUGAGGUAGUCUCAUUUGAUGCCUAAGGUACCUGGUAAGAUAUACACGUGCAGGCAGCCGCAAUCGGUACGCAUUAGGCAACCUUUUUGGGCGCACCUCAACCACAGCCUCAUAUGAAGUACUCAAACUAUACCUUACCUUUGACAUUUCUCCACCUUGAUUUCAACUAUCUCAACCUUUCAUACAUUUUGUUGGAUCCUAGUAAAGACCAUGGCGUCGUCGCUCAACACCCUUCCCUCCGAGCUCCUCGAGGAAAUCAGCUGGUGCCUUGCCCCAUCGCUGGCAUCUAUCAACAGCUUCGCGCAGACCUGUCGCUUGUCGUACUCCGCUGCGAACAGGGUGCUGUAUCGCCUAGAUGGCGCGCAAGGAAGUAGGGCUCUGCACUGGGCUGCCAGAACGGGCCAGUUGUCCACAGCCUCACUCUCCCUCGACAACGGCAGUGAUAUCAACGCUCAAGAAGACAGUUGGAAAUUUCGCUCGCCUUUGGGCCUUGCUGCCGAGUUCAACCAGGUGGCUCUGCUCAAUCUGCUUAUUUGUCGAGGCGCGGAUGUGAACAGGCACUGCGAGGGUACAUGCAGACCCGGGGGCAAAGGCUACCUUGACUUGGCGCCUCUUCUCAUUGCGGCACGAAAUGGGCACCCUGAAUGCGUACGGAGAAUUAUUGCUGCGGGAGGCCGUGAGGACGUUAUGGACUUGGCACAGUUCGACAAAACCUUGGUUGCUUCCCGGGACGUGAUGCCAUCUGGCACUGGCGACUAUACCGCUGUACUAAGCAUUUUCCUGGACUACUGGAUAACCAGAGGAGGACCGAGCGACCCCAGCUGCCGAGAGGCGCUUCGUUGGGCUAUUGGAAGAAACCGGAUCGAUUGCGCCCGGCUUGUUCUUGAUCGUGUUGUUUCUCCGCUAGAUGCAAGCACCAUCGAAAUCGCAGGCUGGCCGCUCUUUGACGCUGCCAUGCAGGGUCAUCUGGACGUCGUCAGGAUGUUGGUAGGGGACUAUAACAUUCCCCCUGAUUACACGCCUCUUCCAAAUCUAGAGACGCCACUCUACUGGGCUGUGAUGUGCGAUGCACAACCCUUGGUAGAGUACCUUUUCCAAGCUGGCGCCGAUCCCUCCAAAGGCACCGACUCGCAAACACCUCUCCGCCUCGUCCUCGAGAAAGGGGACAUGGUCACACUGAAGAAGUUCCUGUCGUACUGCGAGAGUGACGAGGCUCGUCGUCGCCUGGCCAGCUCCGCGUUCGUGCUUGCCGUGUCUCAAGGUCUGCGCGGAGCCUCCCAGCUCCUACUCAGCUACGGUGCCGACAUGGAGACGAUUGACAGUGAUGGCGUGACCGCGCUAUGGUACGCGAGCACUCUUGACGACGCGACUUUGUUUGAUGUACUCAUGGCCAGAGGUGCAAAUGUGAAUCCACCCGGCGCGGUGAAGCCCCUUCACGAGGCUUCUUCGCGCGGUACCAAGGCGCCGAGAGUACAAAAGCUGAUCGAAGCCGGGGCAGACGUGGACGCCAAGGACACGGACGGCUUGACGCCUCUCAUGUACGCGUGCAAGGCGGGCCACUUGGGGGACGCAAGAGUGGUGAAGCUGCUGCUCGAUGCCGGUGCUGACCCUCGCGCCACGGACAAUGUUUCUUACUGUGCAGUCUCGUAUGCCAUGGCGGCAGGGCGGCCAGAUUUUGUGCGAAUGGUCCUCGCCAAGGGUGGGCAUGUCAAUCUGGGCGUGGAUGGAAGGGAAGAGCUCUACCUGCCAAGUGCAGUUCGGUCCGGUGCCUUUGAAUUUGUCAAACUCCUUGUCGAGGAGUGUGGCGCCGACAUCACGGUCAAGGAUGCUGGGGGAGAGUCAAUCCUGAGGCGAGCCAUCUAUGAGGAGGAUGUUCAGAUUGUGAAAUUCUUGCUUGACGCUGGUCAUGAGAUUGCGGAGGGAGACUUGGAUGUUGCCCGCGAACGAGGAUGUACACAGAUCCGAGACAUAUUGCAAAGGAAGGCAACUGCUCGCCUGAACUAGCAGCGUUGGCAUUGUCUUGCAACGGCAAUGUGGUUCACAUCCAUGGCCCUCGUCACGUAGGCAGAGUCGUGUUAAUGACCAGGAGUCAGGACGCAGUGCAGCGACCCCGAUCUCGUCACCAGAUCAAGGGGCAUUUGCCACAUCUAAGAACCCUACCAGUCAUCGCCCAGUAGGGAUCCAUGAUGUUGCCCCAGGCCCAGGGUCUAGAGAUCUUGACUCAUGCUACUGCG